AUGUCGGCGGCGAACAUCGUUGGGAAGUCGAAGAAGGAGCUGUACGACAUCAUGUGUGAGAUGAAGAAGCUGAUGGAACAGAACGAGGAACAAGCUAGGCAAAUUCUCAUUGAAAACCCUACCUUGGCCAGAGAUCUGUUUAAGGCACAAAUAAUGCUUGGGAUGGUGCAGCCAACACAGCCAUCACCAUCUCAUAAAGAUGGAGACACAAUUGAGUGUUUUACUCUUGGAGAUUUGUGGGAUUGCUAUGAGGAAUGGAGUGUAUAUGGCGUUGGCGUUCCUGUUAUUCUAAAUAGUGGUGAAAGUGUUACACAAUACUAUGUGCCGUACUUAUUUGCCAUACAAAUCUACACCAACAAACCACAACAAACUUCUGGAAACCAAAAAGAGAAUGAAGGUGUUGCCAGUAUUGAGGGGAGAAAAAAGACGAGUCCUCAAACAAUGAGAGGGAUGAUUGCUGAACUUGCAGAAGUGCAUCCUGGGCUCAUGACAUUCAAAAGUACUGACUUGUCCCCGGCAAGUUGGAUUUCAGUUGCUUGGUACCCUAUUUAUCAAAUUCCAACAAAGGAAAAUCACAAGGAUCGUCUGUCAACUUGCUUCCUUACCUAUCAUGCUCUCUCAUCAUCAUCUAUUCGAGGUGGAGUGAAGCUGGACAAGGAUGGGGAUAAGAAAGGGAAGAAAGUUUUGGAAAUGGUGAAAGGAAAAGAAGGAAACAACAAUAUUAAAAAGAGUACUGGGGAUGUUCUUUAUCCAUAUCCAUUUGGGUUGGCUACAUAUAGAUUGGAUGAUGAGAUUUGGAUAAAUGGAAAUACUUUUGAUGACUAUGAGAGAAUUAUUGACCUCUACAAUGCCGCAGAGUGUUGGUUGAAGCGACUCAACGUUUGGCAUCAUGACUUUAACUUCUUUACUUCAAAAUUAAGCCUCCAAGGACUCUCCAUAUAA